CUUAACACAACAGAAGUGUCUACAAGCACUGAUAAAACGAUAACAAACUUGACAGAUUUUCCUCAAGUUUGAACACACUAUGUUUUCUGUAUCAUUCCAAGAUACUUUACUGACUUGAGUCCAAACUCGUGACUACCUAAAUAAAAAAGACCAAACAGAUUAGAUAAUUACAGUUUAUCUUCAUAAAGAUUAAUUACAUUAUUACAUCAGCCAAGAUUCAACGCCUGAUUGACACACACCAUGGAAAACGUAGUCUUAGCUACCAGCAGCGAUGGAACAAUUGUGUACCAAAAAUUGACACUACGGUACCUAAAACAAGCCUCCCUGGUCACCAGACAGACCCUCUUCAAAACCGGCACCGUCUGUCGCACUCUCGGCGUCCCCCAGGACCCCGACGCCCUCUCCGAACUCGACCAACUCCCCCUCGAAGCGGCCAAAGACGGCAUUUCCAUCAUAGCAGUCGACAAAACCACCGACAAAGUCGCCGGUGUGGCCAUCAACAAGCUUCUAGUAAAGUCGCAGCCCUUCUUCCAGAAUUUUCUCCACAUUUUCAAGAACUUCAAGUCCCGCCAGAUUAUCGAGUUUAUUUUGAGCACCGAUAACAUUUGUGAUAUUUUUGAGCACUGUGGCGUGGACUGCGUGAUGGAGAUUUUGUUUUUGGGGACGUCGGAGGAGUAUAGGAAGAAAGGAAUCGCGAAGAAGUUGUGCGAACUUUCGGUGGAGGUUGCGCAGAAGUUGAGGGAUGGGGUUGAUGUGAAGGAGGCGGUGGAUGGGGGGGAAUUGGGGUUGGGGCCGGUGCCGGAGGCGGUGUAUGCGAUGUUUACGUCGUUUAUUUCGCAGAAGAUCGGGAGGGAGUUGGGGUUCGAGAUUGCGGCGAGGAGGAGUAUGAAGAGGUUGGAGAUUAUGGGGGAGGUGGUGGAGAGUUCGCAGGUGGAGACGCCGGUGACGACUGUGGAGUAUAAGUUGUUGCAUAAGAGUUAAAGAGUUUUUAUUUUAAUAAAACUUCUAAAGAAA